GUGACUGACGCGAAGAUGGGCCAAUGGCUACGCCCCGGGGAAGCAAGGCGAUCCAAUGAGGAGGAGCGGGGCGGGGCCAGGAGAGGAGCGGGUUUUGAGGUGACACCGGUCCUUCCAGGAGGAAUUGUUCAGACGUGUCACCCGGUGAGGCUCCGCUCUGUGGCCGCCAUGUCGCUCACAAAGGUGAAGGUGGAGAAAACAGAUUUGGAGGCAUCCAACGCUCGGAACCGGCUGGAUGCCAUCCUGCAGGGUCUCCUGGAUCGGAAUGAGGCCGACAGGGAACAGAUGGAGGAUGAUGGUGGAAAGGCCUCAGCAGACCCCCAUAGCAAAGACUCUUCUCCUUCUGCAGCUGGAAAAAGGCCACCAGCGCGCCUUUCCCACCACCGACGGAAGAAGAGAAAAGAGGAAGACGGCAUCACCGAAACCGGACAGCCCAAAGCCAACACUUUCGUCAUCCGCCUCUUCGAUCGGAGCGUAGACUUGGCGCAGUUUUCUGAAGACACGCCCCUUUAUCCGGUGUGCCGAGCCUGGCUGCGCAAUGCGCCCGGAGCAAAGGUCCCCGAACGCCCAUCAACGCCCACACCAUCAGAAGAGGGCGAUGUGGUGAACGGGAGCGCUCAGAACAUCUACCACCUACCUCUUCCCGUAGCGUGCCCCGUGACGGACAGUGGAGAUCCAAUAAACUUGAGAAUUCCAACACCUUUCCCUCGGGAUGAAGACCAUCUCAACCUCAGCCUACCAGCAGAGCAGACACCGAGCAUGACCACCCUGAUCUGUCGGAACAUGGAGCGAUGGAAGAAGGUCCGGCAAAGGUGGAAAGACGCCUCUUACCAGAAUCAGCAGCGCUACACCCAGAGCAUGAAGAUCUUGAAAGAGAUGUACGAGCGCCAGUAACCCGCCAUGGGCUGUGUGGUGCCGCAGUCGGGCCCUCCGCUGAGUAUUGUAUUUAUUGCCAUGUUUUUAUAUUCUGUAUCUGUCUGGAGUCUGAUCCUGCAGAUGGUGUGUGCGGGGGG